AUGGGUGUCCCCAAAUUUUUUCGCUGGCUCAGCGAGCGGUAUCCCGCGAUCUCCACACUCAUCAAGGAGAAUCGCAUCCCGGAGUUUGAUAGCUUAUACCUGGACAUGAACGGUAUUAUUCACAACUGUACACACAGUGACAGUGACUCCCCAACAUUCCGCAUGUCAGAAGAGCAGAUGUUUAUUGCCAUUUUCAACUAUAUCGAGCACCUGUUUGGAAAGAUUAAACCACAGAAGCUGUUUUUUAUGGCGGUCGAUGGUGUCGCACCACGUGCCAAGAUGAACCAGCAACGUGCGCGUCGUUUCCGAACUGCGCUGGACGCUGAAAAUGCGAAAGAAAAGGCAAUUGCGCAAGGCAUGGAAAUGCCGAAAGAAGACGCCUUCGACAGCAACUGUAUUACGCCCGGCACCGAGUUCAUGGCGAGAUUGACCCAACAACUGAAAUAUUUCAUCAACAAGAAAAUAUCGGAGGAUUCGGAUUGGAAAGGCGUGGAAAUUGUGCUCUCGGGCCAUGAGGUCCCUGGAGAAGGUGAGCACAAGAUCAUGGAAUACAUUCGGCGCUCAAAGGCACAGCCUGGUUAUCACUCUAAUAUGCGACACUGUCUUUAUGGCUUGGAUGCCGAUCUCAUCAUGUUGGGUCUUCUGAGCCAUGACCCCCACUUCUGUCUUCUCCGAGAGGAGGUGACAUUUGGGCGUCAGACACAGAAGAAACCUAAGGAACUCGAACAUCAAAACUUUUAUCUUUUACAUCUGAGCAUGGUUCGGGAAUAUCUGGAAUUAGAGUUUCAGGAGCUUGAAGACGAAGGAGCUCUGGAUUUCCCAUUCGAUAUGGAGCGCGUGAUAGACGAUUUUAUUCUCAUGGCCUUCUUUGUGGGCAAUGACUUCUUGCCCAACUUGCCUAAUCUACAUAUCAACGAGGGUGCGCUGGCGCUUAUGUUCAAGAUUUACAAGGAAGUUUUGCCAAAGAUGGGCGGUUACAUCAACGAGGAAGGCGUCAUUAAUGUGGAACGUCUGGGGACGUUGAUUGAUGCAAUGAGUGCUUUUGAGCAUCGAUUUUUUGAGCACGAGUUCUCGGAUGCGCAGUGGAUCAAAUCAAAGCAGAAUGACGGUACACUCGAGUUGGAGACAAGACCCAAGGAGUUGACCAUCACCACCUCUCAGAAAGAAAUCCUCAAGACGAUCAAGAAAUAUGUUUUGAACCGACCUGGUAAGGGCUCCGACGUGAAGCCCUUGGACUUUCCUUCAACAUUGCCAGCCCGCGAUCGCAGCUUUGUAGAAAAGCUUGCCGAUCAGCUUCGAGUCUCCUGGUCAACCACCGAGAACGAGAAUGGCGACCGUUUCAUGAGACUUCAGCUACCCCAGCCUGAGAAUGACGACGAAGAUGACGAAUCUGAUGAUGAUGAUGGGGAGGCGACUUUGGCGAUUCAGCGUAUUAUUCGAAAGUAUGAGAAGGCCAAAGUUCAGGACAUGUCUGCGGAGGAGGCGCAAGAGGCCGCAGAGAAGAAAUAUGAUGCCAAGUUCCUUGAAUGGAGGGACAACUAUUACCGCAGCAAAUUUGGCUGGGGGCUUGACAACGAGGAGGAGAUGAAAAAACUUGCAGAGAACUAUGUGCAAGGCUUGCAAUGGGUUCUUUUCUAUUACUAUCGGGGUAUCGCAUCGUGGCCUUGGUAUUUCCAAUAUCACUACGCUCCGAUGAUUUCUGACGUAAAGAGAGGCCUUGGUGCAAACAUGAAUUUCCGACUUGGACAGCCCUUCCGACCAUAUGAUCAGUUGAUGGGCGUGUUACCUGAUCGCAGUAAACAGAUUGUGCCGAAAGGCUACUGGGAUCUAAUGACUUCUCCCGAAUCUCCUAUCAUCGAUUUCUAUCCUCGUGACUUUGAACUUGACAUGAAUGGUAAGAAGAUGGAGUGGGAGGCUGUGGUCAAGAUUCCUUUCAUUGACGAGAAACGUCUGCUUGAUGCCUUGAAAACGCGAGAGAACCAUCUCACCCCCGACGAGAAAUCGCGUAAUGGCUUUGGAGCUAGUUUGAAGUUCACCUAUUCCAGCGAUGUGAACUUCGUCUAUCCAUCUUCUAUGCCUGGCGUAUUUCCUGAUUUGCCCAACUGCCAUUGCAUCGAGAACACAUUUGACCUCCCCACAAUGGAUGGAUUGGUCCCAUAUCAUGGACUGAUGGAAGGCGUGCAACUGGGCGAAGCUGCACUAGCUGGCUUCCCUACCCUCAAGACCCUGCCAAACAUGGGCCAGCUAGGCUUCCACGGAGUCUGCGUGUUCCAGCAGGAGAGCCGCAAUGAAAGUCAGGUCAUCACACUUCUGGACCCCUCCAGUCGUGCCAGUGUCGAAUUAGCCAAGGCUAAGCUUGGUAAACGGGUCCAUGUCGGAUAUCCGUACUUGCAAGAGGCCCUUGUCGUCCGCGUCUCAGAUGAGCUGUUUGACUACAUUCUUCCUCCAGGCGAGCAACAUCCUGUUUCGAUCCCACAUACUCCUCAACAAAUUGAACAAUGGAAGAAGAAGGCGGACAAGAUCGAGGGCACCUACAGCAAGCGACUUGGUGUCAUUAUUGGAGGUGUCGAGUCAUUGAUCCACAUCCAACUGUUGAAAGGCAUGAUUAAGACCGAUGAUGGAGCUACCAUCAAAGAAUUUGCGGAUAUACCAGGACAAGAAACGGACUUUGCAGCUCAAGUGGUGGUCGACGACGUCGUAAACCCUGACCAACGUUUCAUUGAACGUGAAGCGCUGCCCAUUGAAGAGGAAUUCCCAGAGGGUUCACGUUGCUUCUUCUUAGGUGAUUUCAACUAUGGUCGACCUGUUCAUGUGACCGGCCACUCCGAAGGAAAGGUAAACGGGCUCAUCGCAGCUGUCAAAGGCAAAGAGCCGGAGUUUGGGCGCAAGCACGUUCAAGAGGCUGAGCGAUCCUGCCCCUACAUGCCUUCUUACGCCAUCGCAAGAAGUCUGCGCCUUAAUCCUCUUGUGUUAGCUAAGAUUACUUCCUCCUUCUCUGUCGAUGUUGAAGGUUCGCGCGUCAAUCUUGGCCUCAACCUCAAGUUUGAGGCGCGAAAGCAGAAAGUUCUUGGAUAUUCUCGUCGUGGAGAGUCUGGUUGGGAAUUCAGCAGCAAGGCAGUGAAUUUGCUCCAGCAGUACAUGAUCACUUUCCCUGAAUUCAUUGCUGGCAUUCAACGAAAUCCCCAACGUGACCGCUAUUCUCCUGCCGAUUUCUACCCAGAGGAUAUUGCUCUAGCAAAGAUAAAGGAGAUCCGUGACUGGCUCAAGUCAGUUGAGGCAAAGGAUUUUGCCCGAGUCCCGCUUGAAGCUGAGCAACUUGAUUCCGAUAUCGUUCUGCUCAUCCAAAACGAUGCCGACGAAAUGAACCAGUCACUGCCGGAAAUGCAGCCAAAGAUGGUCCGAAGUGUUCCCCGAGGUGCUCUCCUCCGUCCUGAGGAUGUCGAGCAACGUCUUGGUAGCCAAACUUUCAAACUUGGUGACCGGGUUGUGUAUGCUCAGAACUCUGGAAAGGUUCCAAUUGCUACCCGAGGAACGAUCGUGGGUAUCACAAGAACGCCGCUCACCAUUCUACUUGACGUGGUAUUCGAUGCCUCUUUCAUGAGCGGCACAGAUCUCGGCAAGCGUUGCUCACCAUUCCGUGGCCAAACAGUCCCUGCCGCAUCUGUCCUGAACAUCUCAUAUCGCCAGCUGGUUACCAGUUCGCGUGCUACCACGAGCCAGCAGCCUCACCAGGAACCUACUCCUCUAACAGUCCCUGGAUACGGUGCGCCCCUUGGUCCCAACGGACAGGGACAGUUGCAGAAUGCGCCUGUGCCUCCACCCCUCAGAGGUUCAUUCCGGGGUGCCGUUUCUGGACAAUCUCCUCGAGGACGCGGCGGGUUUGCUAACGGCCAACCAACUGCACUGCCCUUCCGUCCCCACACUAAUGAUGGUCCUCCGCGUGGCCCUCGUGGCCGUGGGGGAUUUGCGAAUGGAAACCGUGGUGGCCGAGGCGGCCGAGGACGGGGUGGUUAUGCCCCCAUUGAGAACGGUGACCCCAACGAGGGUGUACUGGAACGCAACCCUAACUUCAAGCCCCAGAACUACUCACAAGUUCCGCCCCCUCAAGGAUUAGAGCAACGACGUGGUCGCGGCCGUGGCCGCGGCAAUGGCUCACGUGGACAGAACCGUGGAAGAGGGUCAAUUGCUGUGAACGACCAGUAA